UUUCGUUGGCAAGGUGGCAUUGGUGGAAAUUUAUGUUUGCACGUGCGGCAUGAAUUAAAAUAAUGGACAAGUAUAGUAAAUAAACAGAGCUUCUGGUCUCCGAUGUUAAUUGCAGCAAAUACGUUUUAUUGGUGGAUUGUUUCGCGUUUGCAAUUAUAUUUGAUAUGUGGAUACAUUUAGGUAAGCGGACCAAUGGAUAGUGGGUUUGCACUGUAUUUGCUUGGCACUAGCGGUUUCUUACUAACGACCGGAGUUAUGACACGGACACACCAAAUGGAUGUUGCUUUCUGUCGUGUUUCAACCUUCCUGUGAAUUGUGUUCUCUGCGUCUGAUGGAAUGAUACCGCAACUGACAGACUGUUGCCGCGGUACAAUCGGAUCCUGUCGCUAUCAACUCUCAGUCCAAUACAAGCAGGCGAGUCUUCAAGGGAUCUGAGCCGCCAUAAUGUAGCGCUGGGAAAUACUGAGAUAUUACUCUGUUCUAUGAUCAUGUGUACUGGAGUCCCGGGGAUAUUAUGAAAUCCUGCCGGCGAUGAUGACAAGCGGGCAACAUUCAGGAUGGAGAGGAGACAUUCACGAAUAGUAUAGACAGCAAUGGGGAAAAAAAUUCAAUGCAUUGGAAGAUAUGUUAUGAACGGUCAGACCUUGGGCAAGGGGAACUUUGCAAGGGUGGAACUGGCAACUCACGGUGUAACGGAAUGCAAGGUUGCAAUCAAAUUAAUCGAAACUCGUAGGAUUAAGGAGGAGUACUUGCGGCAGAACAUGCACAGGGAGGCCCGGAUACUGGGGCAAUUGAGACAUCCCAACAUCAUCCGACUGUAUGAAACACUCAAGGCAUCCUCGUUAUACUGUUUGGUCACCGAAUAUGCCUCUGGCGGAGAACUGUUGGCAUAUAUCAAAAUGCAUAAAGACUAUCGGCUGUCGGAGGAUAAAUCUCGGACAUUUGUACGUCAGAUGGUCUCAGCAAUACAUUACCUCCAUGAGAGGGGCGUAGCUCACAGAGACCUGAAGAUGGAAAACAUCAUGCUGGACGAAAAGAAGAAAAACAUCAAAAUUUGUGAUUUUGGCCUUAGUAACACCUUUGCUAAAGACGAGCUUAUGAAGACCCACUGUGGCUCACCUGAAUAUGCUGCCCCUGAACUGUUCAACCCCAAGGAAUCCUAUGGGCCAGGGAUUGAUAUCUGGAGCAUGGGCAUCAUUAUGUACGCCAUGAUGGUCGGGAAGCUCCCAUUCCAAACUCCUUACACUGAUGAGUAUCGCAGAGUUAAGCUUCUCCAGCAGAUUGAGAAAGGUCUUGGAACGGAGCAUUAUAAGGAGAUGGCACAUUUGUCACAAGAUGCUCAAGAUAUUCUCAGCAAAAUGAUUGAGCCGAAGCCUGCCAACCGUCUUCCACUGAUGGACAUAGAAAUUCAUCCCUGGCUCACCACCUCCUCCAAGAUGCCGUUUUUCCCCUUCACAAAUCUGCCACGAGAUCGCAAUAUGAAAUCUCAGGUGAUUGAUGAGUUAUGCUCUACACUGAACGUCAAACGAGAACAGGUGGAGAAGACUGUUCAUGAGAGCCGUUCGGAUGAAAUGUCAGCCAUGUUCAAUAUGCUUCUCCACAGAAAACGUGUAGCACAAGGUUUAUUUGACGUUGAUCAUACACUAAAAUGUGAACCCCCCAGAAAGCCAAAUCGCAAACAUCGGUCCAAGUCAGCCGGGAGGUCUGAGAAGGACAAGGAGAAGGCCAAGGAGAAGUCGAAAGUCCCCCCAUCUCUGGUUUUGCCAGCAGAUAUAAAGUCGGAUGCUCCCCCAAGUGCUUCCGGCUCCGGGGAACACGAGAACAAGAUCAGCUCCUUCGACUUUCUUGCAUUGUGUAGCACACCAACGUGGCUAGGCCCAGAGCGGAGGAGAUCAAGAAGGAGGUCCAAAUCUCCAGGACCUCAUUCACCAGCUUCCACAAUUGGUUCCUUGAAGAAUAAGAAACGGGAAUCAGAAAAGCAUGGUGAAACAUUGACAGUUCCAGGGGCCCAACCCAAAGUGGAAAUCAAUGAGGGAGCCAAAGUUGAAUCGGAUAAUACUGGUAGUGGGAAUUUAUUGUCUCCAAAUUCUGCAUAUAAGACUCAAACAACCACCACAACAACAAACUCAGUGCCUCCAGGUAGGACACAUAGCUUACAUAGAGGGGGCUCGUUACGUUUGUCCAAAAAGCGGGCCCGAUCUUGUGGACCUGCAGGAAAAGGAAAAGGACCUUUGCAAAAAUCAAAUUCUCUGGAUGUUCCAGAUACCACAGUGGAGGUUACGCCAGUUCUGCUGGAAACUCCUAAACCAUCGGCCAUUCCACGGCCAGCCAAGCUCGUCCUUCGUGAUUGCUAUACAGCUGCAACCCCUGUGAAAAUUAAAGGGGCUGCAGCGACUGCAGCAACCAACGGACCUGUGACAAGUGUAGAAGUGCAUUUCUCGGACAGUUCCAACCCUUGCUCAUCUAUAGACUUGUUAAAGAGUUCUGAGAAUUCCAGUACCCAGGUUCUCAGCAGACUGGAAGUUCCAGGAGCGGAGUUGAACCUGUGUAAGAACCUUCGGUUGCCUCCGAUAGAGGCAUCCAGCUCUGAGCCCAGUGCUUCAGCCUGUGCUCUUAAUGAUAUAGUAAGGCCAAAAGAUAGAACUGGAUCCAACUCAAAUCAGCUACACGUCUUUCAAGAUAAGGGACCUCCAAAUCCAUUGACCGUUGACAAUGCUUAUGAACGCCCAUGCACUGAGGGUGCCAAUGCUAUGCAAUUAGGGGAGUGUGACACGAUGUCGACGAACGAUGACAGCAAGUUUGAUUUUGGGGGUUGUCCUUCGAGUCUGGAAAGUGGGGUGGGUGAGAGAGAUUUGGAGCAGGAGCUCACGGACAUGAAGCUUCUUGAGAUGGAGGAAUGUGAUGAUCGGGUUGAUAGUACAGUAGAGUUGAUCUCAGGAAAAAGCAAUCCUUUUACAGACAAUGCAGCAUUGGCUGCUCUUUGUUCUCGGCCCAUCUCCAGUGGCAAUUCCCGACAUGACAGCCCCUGCUCAUCCCGACACAUGGACAGUAAUAGUUGUAUUAAUCGCAAUCCUGACGAAAUUGAAGUGCUUGAUACUUGUGAAUCUGCCUCCUGUGCUAAUCGUCUUUCCAAGAGACCAGGUGGCUCGGCACGCAGCUCAAUUCGCUCUCAAAAGCUCAAGACACCCACUACUCCUUCUUGGAUGGUGUUUAAGACGCCCAUUGCUCGUAUUGAAAGCUUUCAUAGUGACGAUUUUGAAUACUAUACCUCAGAGCAGACUCCAGACAAAGGUGAAAAGGUCUCUCUCUCCUCUGUGUCCCCAUCUUCUGUGAAUACACCUACCGUGCCAUGUUUUGCUUAUAAACUUAAUUUAGGCAAAAAGAAACCUCCAAAAUUAAAAAAUUCAAAGUCCAAGAUUGAAAUGAUAUCCACCAAAGGAAUACGGAAUACAGCUGACGGAGGGAAGGGGAUACCCCUGCAAAACUCGAAAAUGUUAGAGCCAGUAAUCACAGAUCCAUUACUCAGUUCUGGGAGUGACACAGAACACCAUGAUGAUACCAAUGAGAAACUCCUGGGCUCUGGUAAAUCCAAGAUCCACCCAAUGGAUAUGGACGACCAAGAGUCUGAAGUAUCUGGAAAGGGUUCCAAAUCAUCCCGAGGCGUAGCGAACCAAAAAGGUCACGCUAAUGCAAUCACAAAACAGCCAAACCAAAUACAGAAUUCUCUAGGUAGGAAUUCAAAAAACUUGCCAAGCAACGACACCAAGAAAAAGAUUGGUGUAAAAAAUUCUCCAUGGAAAAAAAGCUUUGCCCAAUUCCUGAAGAGGAAAAGACAGACCAUCCGACUCCCCAGUAAUAAUAACAACAAUGACUGCUCCCCAGCCAAUCAGCAACAAUCAGCAAGGAACGGACAUGCCCCCAACAGCCCUGUUGGGAAAACAGACCCCUCAGGGACAGAGGACAGGCGAACGUUGACCUCGUCCUCUGCCCCUGUGGGGAACAACAUUGCAGUCGUCCCCUAUCCCGCGCUUCCCCGAGCCCCACUCCUCGGGUGUUCGACUUCACGUUGGUCACGGACUCCCCCAAAGGAAAAUCGUGUCUACUCAGCUGGAGAGCAUGUAGAGAAUGUGGCGUCAGCGACCAGUCCUCAGAAGGGGAGAGUGAGUGUAACAUUCCCCUGGAGCAGAACGUGAAUCUCUCACUAAAGACUAUGCCAGAAAUGAAUAAUAUCCAGGAUGCUACCCGGAAUUUCACAGCCUAUCAGUUUACGCAUUCCUGAUUGCAGGA